AUGAUGAAUCCAGAACAGGGAAAUCAAACGUCCAUAGCAGAAUUCAUCCUCCUGGGAUUCGGCACUCUCCCUGAACUGCAAAUCCUUCUUUUCCUGCUGUUUCUAGUGAUCUACAUUACAACCAUGGCUGGGAACAUCCUCAUUGUGGUGCUUAUUCUGGUUUAUCGCCACCUUCACAACCCCAUGUACUUCUUCCUUGGGAACUUGUCCUGCCUGGAGACCUGCUACACUUCAACCAUCCUGCCCAGCAUGCUGGAUGGUCUCUUGAGUGCCCUGAUAAAUCUCUCCUGUAAUGAUCCUCACCUGAUGGAAAUGUUGGCUUUCACACUCAGCUUGAUUUUCUUACUGGUCCCAUUCCUAAUUACCUUGAUGUCCUACAUCUGCAUCAUUGUGACCAUCCUGAGAAUCCCUUCCACCACCGGGAGGCAAAAGGCAUUUUCCACCUGCUCCUCCCACCUCAUUGUGGUGACCAUGUAUUAUGGAACUCUACUGUUUGCCUAUAUGUUCCCAACAACCAACACACUGAGAGACUUCAAGAAAGUUGUCUCUGUCAUCUACACUAUCCUGACUCCCCUGCUCAAUCCCCUCAUCUACAGCCUGAGAAACAAAGAGGUCAAGGAGGCUCUGAGGAAAGCUAGCAGUAAAUUCAUGUUUGGACGACACUAA